GCAGGCCUAAUUAGUGCAAUGAACAAACUGCGCAAACCAGAAUCAGUAAACACAGCAACACAGACCAGAAACCAAGAACACAUAGAAGACACUCACCAAGAACACAUAGAACACACUGUAGAAACUGAUAAAGAAGUAGUAGAAAAUAGUAAUGAACCUACUGAUGAAGAGACUGAAGACACCAUGAAAGAAAAGAAUGUCAAUUUGAGACUGGAAACAGAGGGCAAAGAUAUGCGUGAACAACCAAAAGUAAUUGUGUUUCUAUCACAUUUACUUAUGUUAUUCCAAUUUUGCCAUAUAUGCCACAAUCCAAAACCAAAAGUGAYAAUAACUCAGUCUGGCACAUUUAUUUCAAUUACCACUGAGUGUGACAUUUGCAAGAAAGAAUAUACAUGGGACAGCCAGCCCAAGCUCUUAGGAAAGUUUCCAGCAGGGAACUUGCUUCUCAGCUUUGCUGUGCUUUGUGCAGGAGCAUCCAUWAYAAAAWUUCUUUUGGUGUUCAAACAUAUGAAUCUGUUGGCAUACUAUGAAGCAUCCUAUUACUACCAUCAGCGUAAAUUACUAAUCCCAUCAAUAGUGACAUUUUGGCGUUCUUACCGUCYAAAGAUUCUCGACAGUCUAAAAGGAAAGGAAGUAGAAAUAGGAGGAGAUGGCAGACAUGACUCUAUGGGGCACUCUGCCAAAUUUUGUACAUACUCUAUUGUAUGUUGCACUGUUGGCUUAAUAAUAGAAGUAGUCCUUGUGCAGUGCAAUGAAGCUGGAAGUAGCACUGCGAUGGAAUUUUUAGGRCACCAAAGGGCAUUUGCAUUCCUGUUAACAACUGCUCUAGUGAUUAAAACYUUUAUCUCUGAUCGCCACACAAGUAUUGCCAAGUGGAUGAGGGAAGAGUGCCCAAAGAGGUGCAAGGCACUUGGUAAAGUGGAAAUUUCCCACUAUUUUGACCUUUGGCAUGUUGCUAAAAAAAUCCAGAAAGUUCUAACUAAGCUUAGUAAAGAAAAAGACUGCUUGAUAAUUGGACGAUGGAAGAAAGCAAUAGUUAAUCAUUUUUAUUGGUCCAUAACAUCAACCAAACCAGAGCUUGGAGAACUGAAACUUGCAAAGUUUCAAACCUURAUGUACCACAUACUUAACAAACACAAGAGUCUACCAAACAAGCUGUUCGAUAAGUGUUAUCAUGGUGUUAUCACUGUCCCAAAAGUAUGGAUGCACAAAGCCUCAGAAGCCUAUGAAAAAUUGCUGGAAAAGUUAAACAAAACUACAUUGACUAAUGCCAUUAAGAAGACCUCAUCA